AGCAGUAGCAGCAACCACAGCGCCCAGUAACGUCAGAGAUUUCGUAGCGGAAAGUUCGAAACGAGCAGCAGCAUCAGCAGCCUCCCAGCUCUCUCAGCGCGCUUUGUUCGCCCACCAUCUGCAAAGAAAAAAGAGUGCUAGGUAGCCUGUCUACUACCACCCGCCAACAAAAAAACGAAUAAGUGCGUGCGUGUGUGAAAAGUAGUGAAUCCGGAGUCCAUCGACAGCAAGCAAAAAAAAAGGAAGAAAAAAUGGCCACCGAAGUAGAGAACAAGCCGGUCGCGGUCGCCGAGGAGGACAAGAAGGUGGAGCAGCCAGCAGUCGCCGCGGCCACCGCCGCCGCCACCGCAGCCACUCCGGCCGCCGCCGCCGAUAAGCCAGCGGCGGAUGCGGCCGCCGGUGGUGACGAUAAGAAGGCGGCCGACGAGAAGCCAGUGGCCGCCGCCGACGGUGAUGGUGCGACGGUGGGUGAGGGCGGCGACGGUGGGGCGGCCACCAGCUCCGAUGGGGCCGCGGCACCGGCCAAGAAGGAGAAGGAAGUGAAGCCGACCGUGCACAAGGCGAACUUCGAGAAGGACGUCGUCUACCUCUACCAGUUCACGCGCACCCCGAUGCUGCCCUCGAUCUCGCCGUUCUGCCUGAAGGUGGAGACCUGGCUCCGUCUGGCCGGGCUGAAGUACGAGAACAUUGACCACAAGCUGAAGCUGCGUUCGAAGAAGGGACAGUUGCCUUUCGUCGAGGUCAACGGCGAGGAGAUUGCCGACUCGACCAUCAUCAUGAAGGAGCUGGCGCAGCGCUACGAGAAGGACCUGGAUGCCGCCCUGACCCAGGAGCAGCGCAACAUUGCCCACGCGAUGAUUUCGAUGCUGGAGAACCACCUGAUCUGGGUGGUGCUGUCGUGGCGCAGCAAAAACACCGAGCAGAUGCUGAAGGGCUACAAAAUCAACCUCCAGCACGCCCUCGGUAGCCGCCUGCCGAACGCGCUGCUCAACUUCUUCUUCAAAUUCCAGUUCAGCCGCAAGUGUUUCCAGGGUGCUAAAAAGGUGAAAGCUCAAGGACUGGGCGUCCACAAGCCGGAGGAGAUCGAGGAGUUUGGCCGCAAGGAUCUGAAGGUGCUGUCCGAGCUGUUGGCCGACAAGCCGUUCUUCUUCGGUGACGAACCCACCACGCUCGAUUGUGUCGCAUUCUCCGUCCUGGCGCAAAUCCACUUCAUUCUGGACGAGGUCAAAUACGGGCUGAAGGAGUUCAUGCAGGAGAACUGCCCCAACCUGGUUGGGCACGUUUCGCGGAUCAAGGAGCGUUGCUUCCCCGACUGGGAGGACAUCUGCACCAAGCUGGACCUGAACGCACACAUCCCCAAGCCAGAGCCAGAAACCAAGGAAAACAAGGAAGGUGCCGAUACGGAAAAGACCGCCGAGCAGGAGAAGAACGAGUCGGAAAAGGAGCUGGAGAAGGACAACUCGAACGAGAAGACCGAAAAGAAGGAGGAAAAAUCCGAGAAAGUCGAAGAGAACAAAGAGAAAGAGGAGGCAGCAGCCAAAUAAGCAGGGGCUAGCUCGUAAGGAGUCACAUUUUCCACGCACCACGUUUUCACUACUCUAAUUAUUAGCUCGGGCGCGACAGCACGACGGGGCGUUGUGCGCCCCAGAACCUUCCUCCGAACCGUCGAAAUUAUCAAUCAUCAUUUUACAUACAUAUAGACACAUUUUUGUAGAGAGAGAGAGAAAAAAAAAACAAAUCCAACCAAUCGAGAAUCGGAAGAGAGCAUAAGUAAUGCGCGGAACUAAUCGAAAAUGUCAAGUCACCGAAACGCGGAUCGGCGAACGGUACGCGCGGAGAAGGAUUGAUCGUGCGUCGUCGAAGGAGGAGGAAUGUUUUGUUUUCCUCUGUGUAAUGUUUAUUCGAUUGACGUAGCCGUUUUCGCGUCCCCCUUUUUUAUAUUGUCCAACUUUUCGAAACGCGCUGUAGACCGGCGCGAUCCCACACACACACACAUGCCACUCUCAGAUAGCGAUAAGGAAACGUUAGGAAGAAAGCGCACAAUUACACGGAAUCCAUAGAACGGGGCAAGUGAAAGUGAAACUGCAUCAAAGGAGGAGGAAAAUGGAACGAAUAAUGGAACAACAAGCAAAAACCUCCCAAGAAAAAAGCAAAGCAAAAGAAACUGAUGAGGAAAAAGAAAAGGCGAAGAGAGAUAAUUGAAGAAUGUGCCAGCACUCGAGGAUGGCGCCGAGAAGCGCGCAAAGCUAUGUAAGAAAUAAAGAAUUAAAAAAGGAUAAAACGCGGAAAGAGAGAAGCUACUAGUAGAGCGAGUCACGCGAGUGACACGAAGAGAAAUAGAGGGAGAGUGAGCCAAUGUGACGCGCCACCGCCGGUAUCUGUUAGUUUUUGUUUGUUUGCUUGUUUGAACCAUGAUCAGCAUCCCCCUGCCGCCCCCGGAAUAGCAUGAUCCGGUGCGCCGCGCGGUUUUGGGAAGUUUUGCCGGAAACGAAAAUGCGUGUACGGAAAUGGCCACUGCCGCGAGCAUUUCGCGUUUCGUGCGAAAGCUGCACCUCCACCUUCCCAGCAAACGAAUCAUUCGUACUAUAAUAAUAAGUGAAGCAGUGAACGAGGAGAAGAAACAACACCCAAAAUUACACGCACGAAAACACACAGACACACACACCACACCAACUGAGUAUCGAAUGAGGAAAGUGGCAAACAAUGAGAUAAGAGAGUGGCCGGCCAAGUGGAAUGCGAAACAACAGUAGCAAAAACGGGGGGGCAUAUGGAUAUGGAGUAGUAGUUGGUGGUAGGAAACCAACCGAGUCGUGCGGAGGGCGAAACGAUAUUAAAAAGUCGGAAGGGAGCGAACAGAAACAGGAAUGAAAUAUGCAUACAAUACUCAAAAACUUUUCAUUUUUGUAAAGAUUUUUUGCAGGCGUAACGAUAAGUGUAGAGAAUUCAAGAGGCAAAGAUAGGUAAAAGGAAAACGAAAGAGAAAAGAGAAAAAACGAGAAACAAUUACACACAAACAAAAAAAGAAAAAUACAGUCAAAUAAAUGUUUCGGUUGUGUUCAGCAGGACAAGUUGAACAGCAAACGACGACAUUGGAUGAUAACAAUACAACAAUUGCACGCGUGUACCCGACUGUGCGAAGAACGUCCGCCACAGCCACAGCAGGGUUUUGAGGGGUUUGUUAGAGGAAUGACACAGAGCUCUAUCGCGGGGUGUGUCGGGUGCACGUGCGUGUCACAGUGCUCCGGGUCGCGGAACAUUGUCGUUCUGUGCGCGCUCCUGCUGGCGGCAUUGCCGUUGAUUUUCUUCUUUUCAACCGAUCGAGGAUGGCCAGGCCAACGACGUACGACCUCCGUGGUUAAGCUCUGAUUGCUCUCUUAAUCCCCUCAUGACAGGACGUACUCAACUCCUCCGAGCUUCACGAAGUAGGCAAUCGUUACAGAGAGAGAGAGAGAGACAGAGAGUAAGCUAGAGAAGUGCAAGAGACAGGCAGAGAGAAGGAAAUGCACGGUUUGCUGCGUGCGCGUGUGGUAGUAAUUGUAUAAUUGCUAUUAAAUAUUUUUAUAUUUUUUGUCUUAUAUAUUUUAUAUUUAUAGUACUUUUAUGCAACAAAACAAAAUGAACGAAAAAGGUAAUGUAUAAUAAAAAUUGUCUCUCCCGUUUA